AAAGCCAAAAUGCAUGAGUGAGACGUUUUCGUUAUAGAUUUUGAAAAUGUUGAUAUUGUAAUUAUCUCAUCAAGGUUCUCUUUAAUUAGUUAUUUUUUCAUUAAGUUUAUUGUAUUAAUUUAGAAAUACAACUACAAACAAGGUUCUCUUUAAUUUAAUAUAUAUAUAUAUUAUUAUUAGUUAAUUUAGAAAUUAAACUACAAACAAGAAAACCUUACUAUACAUUUGUAGUUUUAAUAACAUUCAAAUAGUACAAUAGUAAUGUUUCUAGCACAUUCAAGAAUCAAAGUUAUUGUUCACUCUUUUCUUUAUUUCAUCAUUUUUUUUUAUAAAAUCAAAAACAUCAUAUGUAGACAAAUUUCACCGAAAACCACUUCCAAAUAAGCCUCAUUAUUUUUUACUCUUUAUAAAUUAUCCUCUGUUUUUUCUUAACUCAACACCGCUUACUCUGUUUUCAUCCAAAUGACUCUGUUUUCGCCAUUACCCUUCUUUUCCAAUCACACAACCACCAUUACCAAUGCUUCCCUUCUAAGAAAACCCACAUUUUCUCACACCCUUUUUUCCCAUUUUCACAAUAAAUCCAUUCAAUCACGUUUUGUUAAAUCCACCAUCAUCUUCUUCUUCUUCUCUCCCUGGUUUUCUCUCUGUUUUCCUCUGUUUUUCUCUGUUUUUCACAGUAAUUCAUAGAUGACUGAUGCAAAUGUUUCUGCAUUUGAGGAAUUUCUCCAAGGAUGGCUGAUUCGUCAAAGAAACUACCUUGAUGAGCUUGUUUCAGCUCAAGAACUUCAUCAACAGAUGGAUCGUUCAGAUAGGAUGAAUUUGUUAAACAGAGUACUCAGCCACUAUGGACAAUACUAUGAAGAGAAAUCAAAGAUAGCUCAUCAAAACAUUCUUCUUCUUUUCUCACCACCAUGGUUCAGUUCAUUGGAAAAAUCAUAUCUUUGGGUUGCAGGGUUCAAACCAGGGCUUACAUUUCAUCUUGUGAACAAAACUCUUGAGGAUUUGUCAGAGGAACAGAAGGAGAGUUUGAAUGAACUCAAACAAGAGACUAAGAUGAAGGAGAGAGAACUCAAUGAUGAGAUGGCUAAGGUUCAUGAGAAUACUGCGGCGCCGCCGCUUGUUGACAUGAUUAGAAGCCAUGGAAGGGUGUGUUUGAGUAGGUCAUUCAUGGCAGAGGAAAGUACAGUUCCAAACACAUUCAAAGAAACAUUGGAGAAUUUGGUUACAAAUGCUGAUGCUUUGAGGACUGAGACAACUUUGAGAGUUGUGCAGAUACUGAAACCAGCUCAAGUUCUUAACUUUUUUGUUGCUGUGGCUGAGCUUCAGCUUAGGGUCAGGUCUUUGGGUUUGGACAAGGAUGCUGAGCGUGGAAAUCAAGGAUGAACUGAAUCAUCAUGAGAAUUCUAAUGGCUUUUUUAUGUAAAGUGUUUUUGCUUUUCCUUCAUGCUUUUAUCUUUCUAUUAUUUAUAUAUACUUUAAACAGUUUGAGUUUGUGUAAUACAUAAGCCUUGGCAGUGAUGAUGUGAAUUGAGUGUGUAUUCAGGUUGUUAUGUUUCCUUGAUGAGCAUUGAAAAAUGUAGAACAAGAUCAAGCCAUGCAAUGCAUGCUUUAUCUGGAAGCUACAAUAUCACUCCACUCUGAAUUAAUUAUAUGUUUAUAGUUAUCUUGUA